GCAGCCGGGGCCGCCCUCCCGCACCCGCGGCGCCGGCCCGGCUAACAAAGGGGGCGCGGGGCCGGGGCGGAGCCGCCGCGGGCCGGGAGGGGCGGAGGAGGAGGAGGAGGAGGAGGGACGGCAGCGGCUGGCACAGAAAGUUGUGGGUCCGCCAGCGCAGCACAGCGCCGCGGGAGCCGCCGCCGCCGGGGGACGGGGCGCGGGGAGGAGCCGAGCCGAGCCGAGCCGAGCCGUGGGGAAGCGGGACCGCCUCCCGCCGCCGUGUCCGAGGGGUGCUGGUGCUGAGCCGGGACCCCCCCCGCCCGUGAGAGCCCUCUCCCGACGGAUUUAGGCUGCGCCCGUGGCGGACCCCGGCCCGCGAGCAUGGCCCGCGUCUCCGAUCCGGAGGAAGGACCCGGCGGGGGACACAGCGAGUUCAGCGAUAUCAUUAAGUCCAGAUCAGAUGAACAUAAUGAUGUACAGAAAAAGACCUUUACAAAAUGGAUAAAUGCUCGUUUCUCAAAGAGUGGGAAGCCCCCAGUUAAAGACAUGUUCACAGAUCUGAAAGAUGGGAGGAAGCUUUUGGACCUUCUGGAGGGUCUGACAGGGAAACCUCUGCCUAAAGAACGGGGCUCUACACGAGUACAUGCCUUAAAUAAUGUCAACCGGGUACUACAAGUCUUGCAUCAGAACAAUGUGGAGUUGGUGAAUAUUGGAGGAACUGACAUCGUCGAUGGAAAUCACAAGCUGACCCUAGGGCUGCUCUGGAGCAUUAUCUUGCACUGGCAGGUGAAGGAUGUAAUGAAGAACAUAAUGUCAGACUUGCAGCAGACCAACAGUGAGAAGAUCCUGCUGAGCUGGGUUCGGCAGUCCACGAGACCUUACAGUCAGGUCAACGUUCUGAACUUCACCACAAGCUGGGCAGAUGGACUCGCCUUUAAUGCUGUCAUCCACAGGCACAAACCUGAGCUUUUCAGCUGGGAUAAAGUUACAAAGAUGUCCCCAGUUGAGAGACUGGAACAUGCUUUCAGCAUAGCCAAGAACCACUUGGGAAUUGAGAAACUGUUGGAUCCUGAAGAUGUUGCUGUACAGCUUCCAGACAAAAAGUCUAUUAUUAUGUACUUAACCUCUUUGUUUGAGGUCCUUCCUAAGCAAGUCACUAUGGAAGACAUCCGGGAAGUGGAGACCCUUCCAAGAAGAUACAAACAGGAAUGUGAAGAUGGAGAAUUCAACAUGCAGCAGGCUGUAGCACUUGAAGAGGAGCAGGGCAGUUCUAGAGCAGACACUCCCAGCACGGUGACAGAGGUGGACAUGGACUUGGAUAGCUACCAAGUUGCUCUGGAAGAAGUCCUUACUUGGUUGCUGUCAGCUGAGGAUGCAUUUCGGGAACAGGAAGAAAUAUCUAGUGAUGUCGAGGAAGUCAAAGAGCAAUUUUCCACGCAUGAAAGUUUUAUGAUGGAACUGACUGCGCACCAGAGCAGUGUGGGCAGCGUUCUGCAGGCUGGAAAUCAACUGGUGGCCCAGGGAAAUCUGUCACCCGAAGAGGAGUUUGAGAUCCAGGAGCAAAUGCUGCUGCUGAACUCCCGCUGGGAGGAGCUCAGGGUGGAAAGCAUGGACAGGCAAUCCCGCCUGCAUGACAUGCUGAUGGAGCUCCAGAAGCAGCAGUUGCAGCAGCUGUCCGACUGGCUGACAGUCACAGAAGAACGCAUUCAGAAGAUGGAAUCUCAGCUCUUAGCGGAAGAUUUGGAGUCCCUUCAAAAACAGCUGGAAGAACAUAAAAGCCUGCAGAGUGACCUAGAGACAGAACAGGUGAAGGUAAACUCUCUAACGCACAUGGUUGUCAUUGUCGAUGAAAGCAGUGGGGAAAGUGCAACAGCUCUUCUGGAGGAACAAUUGCAGAGGCUCGGUGAGCGGUGGACAGCAGUUUGUCGUUGGACUGAGGAACGACGAGUCAAGUUGCAAGAAAUUCAGCUUUUGUGGCAGGAGCUGCUGGAAGAGCAGUGCUUAUUGAAAGCUUGGUUAACUGAGAAAGAAGAGGCUUUGAGUAAGGUCCAGACAAGCAACUUCAAGGAUCAAACAGACUUGAGUGUGAAUGUUCGAAAACUAGCAAUUUUGAAAGAGGACAUGGGUAUGAAACGGCAAACACUAGACCAGCUGAAUGAGCUAGGUCAGGAUGUGGCCCAGAUCCUUGGGAAUGGGAGAGCAUCUGCUAAAAUCGAUCAGGAUCAAGAAGAACUAACUCAGAGGUGGGACAGUUUGGUGCAGAAGCUAGAGGAUUACUCUAACCAGGUAACUCAAGCUGUAGGAAGCGUAGGGAUGUCACAGGUUUCACAGAAGACUGCUGCUGAAACACCACCAUUGAAGGAACAGGUAGCGGUUAAACAAUCCAGGCAGGAGUUGCCCCCACCGCCACCCCCAAAGAAAAGGCAAAUCCCAGGGGACAGUGAAGCAAAGAAGAAGUUUGAGGCUGAAAGUGCUGAGCUCCUGAACUGGAUUUCAAAAUCAAAAUCUGCCAUUCAGGCCACAGACAUCAAAGAGUACAAGAAGAUGAGAGAGACUUCAAACAUGAAAGAAAAGUUGAAGGUGAUUGAAAAAGAAAGGGUUGAAAAAAGCCAAAAGUUAGAUGAACUGAAACGAAGUGGACACAUUCUUUUGGAUCAAAUGGGAAAGGAGGGACUUUCUACAGUGGAUAUAAAAAGUGUGGUAGAGAAAAUAUUGUCUGGAUGGAAAGAUGUGGUUCAACAUCUGGAAGAAACGGCCAGAAAGAUAAAGUACCAGGAAGAUAUAAAUGCUUAUUUUAAGGAAAUAAGUGAGCUUGAAAAGACUCUAAUUGAGAAGGAUGGAUGGCUUAAAAAUGAUGCUACUUCAGCAUCCCAGCCCUCAGCAGUCCGGAAAGACUUAUGUGAGCGGGAGUUAACUCAUCUUGUAAGCCUGAGUCCACGGCUGGAACACCUGAAAGCCACCUGCAAGGCACUCACCUCUCAACCCAUGCCUCCAGACUUCAUUCAGGAGAGCUUGAAUGGUUUUCUUGAUCACUUCAAGCUGACUCGUCAGAAACUAGAGGAAUGUCACCAGCAGCUGAAGAAAGAGACAGAAAGCCAGCCGAGCCAGGACUACGUGGACUCCCUGCGGCGGCUGAAGGACGUGCUGAGCGAGCUGGAGUGCAAGCAGCUGUCCAUCGCCAGCGGGCUGAGUGACCCCGGUAAAGUUGAGAAGGCCCUGCAGCAGGCAAAGACUGUUUAUGAGACACUGGAAGCCCAAAAACCCAGGCUGGAUAAACUUGCUGAAGAAACAAAGGCUUUGGAGAAACAUGCUUCUUUGGAUAUAAAAAAUGUCUACACGCAAGAGUUCAAGCAUGUGCAGGGACACUGGGACAAGUUAAAGCUCAAGAUUUCCAAAGAUGUUAAACUAUUGGAGGAAAUUACAUCCAAGCUGAGAAUAUUUGAGGCUGAUUCAAAAGUUGUUCAGAAGUGGAUGGAUGGUGUGAAAGACUUCUUAAUGACAGAAAAAGCUGUUCAAGGAGAUACCGAAGGACUUCAAAGACACCUUGACCAGUGCACGAUAUUUGUCAAUGAAAUGGAGACAAUUGAACCAUCACUGAAAGAGAUGAAAGAAGUAGAGUCUGCUUUAAGAGCUCAGCCUAUUGCAAGCAUAAAUACUUGGGCAAAGUCUAGGCUAGUGGACUGCCAGACACAGUGGGAGAAACUGAGCAAACAGAUCGUUAGUCAGAAAAAUCGCCUGUCUGAAAGUCAGGAAAAAGCUGUAAAUCUGAAGAAGGAUUUGGCAGAGAUGCAAGAAUGGAUGACCCAAGCUGAAGAAGAAUAUUUGGAGAAAGAUUUUGAAUACAAGUCUCCUGAAGAGCUAGAGAAUGCGGUGGAGGAAAUGAAGAGAGCGAAGGAAGAUGUGUUGCAGAAGGAGGUGCGGGUGAAGAUUCUCAAAGACAACAUCAAGAUGUUGGCUGCCAAAGUGCCGUCUAGCGGUCAGGACCUGGCAACUGAGCUGAACGUUGUGCUGGAGAACUACCAGCUACUGUGCAAUCGGAUCCGGGGGAAAUGCCACACUUUGGAGGAGGUGUGGUCCUGUUGGAUUGAGCUGCUUCAGUAUCUUGAUUUAGAAACAGCUUGGCUAAACAAUCUGGAAGAAAGGGUGCAAGUGACAGAAAAUCUGCCUGAUAAGUUGGGUGCUGUCAAUGAUGCUCUUGAGUCCCUGGAAUCAGUCCUGCGUCAUCCAGCUGAUAAUCGAACCCAGAUUCGGGAACUUGGGCAGACACUAAUCGACGGAGGGAUUCUUGAUGAUAUCAUCAGUGAAAAAUUGGAGGCUUUCAAUGCCCGCUAUGAGGAACUGAGUCACUUGGCAGUAAGCCGUCAGAUUGCCUUGGAACAACAGCUUCAGACCAUGCGAGAAACCGACCACAUGUUGCAGGUCUUGCAGGAAAACUUAGUGGAGCUGGAUAGACAGCUGACAUCUUACCUGACUGAUAGAGUAGAUGCCUUUCAGAUGCCCCAGGAGGCCCAGAAAAUUCAAGCUGAGAUUGCAGCUCAUGAAUCCACCUUAGAGGAGCUCAAGAAAAGUGCUCGCUCUUUCCCUCCUGCUUCUCCUGAAUGCAGGUCUCCCCGUGGUGGAACUCAGCUGGAUGCUUUGCAGAGAAAACUCCGUGAAGUAUCUACGAAGUAUCAGCUUUUCCAGAAACCAGCCAAUUUUGAGCAGCGCAUGUUGGAUUGCAAGAGGGUGUUGGAUGGUGUAAAAGCAGAACUUCAUGUCUUGGAUGUGAAAGAUACUGACCCAGAUGUAAUCCAAGCUCACCUGGACAGGUGCAUGAAACUCUAUAAGACCCUCAGUGAGGUGAAAUUGGAGGUUGAAACUGUCAUCAAGACAGGAAGGCAGAUUGUACAGAAACAACAGACAGAUAAUCCUAAAGGGAUGGAUGAACAACUGACAGCAUUGAAAUUUCUUUAUAAUGACUUGGGGGCGCAGGUGACAGAAGGAAAACAAGACCUCGAAAGAGCGUCCCAGCUGGCACGCAAAAUGAAGAAAGAGGCUGCUUCUUUGUCAGAGUGGCUAGCUACCACUGAGGCUGAGCUUGUGCAGAAGUCCACUUCAGAGAGCUUGCUUUCUGAUCUAGAUUCAGAAAUUGCCUGGGCCAAAAAUGUGCUGAGAGAGCUGGAGAGGAGGAAAGCUGACCUGAAGAGCAUCACAGAAAGCUGCACUGCACUCCAGGCUCUGGUGGAAGGGAGUGAGACUUCCCUGGAGGAGAAGCUGUGUGUCCUUAAUGCUGGCUGGAGCAGAGUUCGAACCUGGACUGAGGACUGGUGUGACACCUUGUUGAAUCAUCAGAGCCAGCUGGAAAUAUUUGAUGAAAAUGUUGCCCACAUAAGUACUUGGUUGUAUCAGGCUGAAGCCUUGCUGGAUGAGAUUGAGAAAAAGCCAGCAAGCAAAAAGGAGGAGACUGUGAAGCGCUUAACAUGUGAAUUAGAUGAUGUUAGUCUUCGAGUGGAUAAUGUGCGUGAUCAGGCUAUCAUCCUAAUGAAUGGUCGGGGGGUGUCAUGCCGUGAGCUUGUUGAACCCAAACUGGCAGAACUGAACCGUAACUUUGAGAAGGUCUCUCAGCACAUCAAAAGUGCCAAGAUGCUUGUUGGACAAGAACGACUUCCUGUUGUGUCAGACCCCCGCGAAGUCAGAGUAGCUUUUCCAGACCUGGAAAAGUUUGAGUGUGAUAUACAAAAUAUGUUAAAAGUUGUGGAAAAGCAUCUAGAGUUGAGUGGGGAAGAUGACAAGCUGGAUCAGGAAAGAGCUCAGAUUGAAGAAGUCUUACAGAGAGGAGGGCAGUUGUUACAGCAUCCUAUGGAGGAACAUAAGAGAGAGAAGAUCCGCAUACAGCUGUUGCUUCUGCAGAAAAAGUACAACAGUGUUCAGGAGUGCAGGUCAUUGCAAAGGAGGCAGGUGGUAGAACUCUCUCCAGUGUUUUCCCAGUAUAAGAAGGAACAUGACAGUCUAAUGAAGUGGCUGGAUGAGGCUGAGCACCGUCUGUCAGGGCUGCAAGGUGUGGAGGAUGAACAAAAACUACAGGCAAUCCCUGUCCAGCAGAGGUUAAAAGGCCACUUUGCCACAGGAGUAAGGAGCUUGCCUUUUUCAGCUGAAUACUUGGUUGAAAUCAACAAAGUCUUGCUGGCCAUGGCUGAUGUUGAACUGCUGCUGAAUGCACCAGAGCUAAAUACUGGCAUCUAUGAGGACUUUUCAAUGCAGGAGGAUGCGCUGAAGAACAUUAAAGAUAUUUUGGAUAAACUUGGGGAUCAAAUCGCAGUCAUACACGAGAAGCAGCCUGAUGUUAUAUUAGAAGCUUCUGGACCUGAGGCGAUACAAAUAGGAGAUGCACUAACCCAGUUGAAUGCGGAAUGGGAUAGAAUUAAUAGAAUGUACAAUGAUCGUAAGUGUUGCUUUGAUAGAGCGAUUGAGGUGUGGAGGCAGUUCCACUGUGAUCUCAAUGACCUCUCCCACUGGAUAACAGAAGCUGAAGUGUUAUUAGCAGAUGCCCGUGGUCCAGAUGGCAGCCUGGAGCUGCAGACAGCUGGGCUGCAUCAGCAGGAACUUGAAGAGGGAGUCAGCAGCCAUCAGAGCAGUGUUUCAGCGUUGAACAGAACCGGGGAAGGGAUCGUACAGAAACUGUCUGCUACAGAUGGGAGCUUCCUGCAGGAGAAGCUGGUGGGGUUGAAUAAACGCUGGAAAGCAAUCACUGUGGAGGUCAUGGAUAGACAACAGAGGCUAAAAGGAGAGGAUCAGCAGCUGAUAGAAUACAGAAGGAAGCUUGAUGAACUGCGUUGCUGGCUGGAAAAUGUAGAAAAUGCUCUGGACACAAGAUUUACAUUCAACCAUGAAGAAAACUUGCGGGAGUUACAGGUCUUCAGUGAAGAGAUGGAAGUACAGGGAGACAAACUGGAAUGGCUAAACAGAACUGAACCUGAAGUGCUUUUGGAUAAAAAUGUUGAUCUUCAGGAAAAGGACAAACUUUCUGAUUGCCUGCAGUCCCUCAAUGUGAGGUGGAAUAAGGUGUUCAGAGAAGUGCCUGACAGAGUGCGAGAAUUGGAGGCAUUUGUUGGGCAGUCUUGUCUUGUUACACAGAUAAAGCCUUCUGAUGUCCAAAAGGUGGUGCUAGUAUCUUCUUCAUUGGAAAUUCCUCGUCAGAGUCAGCAGGCUUUAGAACUUUCUGCACCUGCUGAUCUGGAUAAAACUACAACUGAGCUGGCUGACUGGUUGGUAUUGAUUGACCAGAUGCUCAAGUCAAACAUAGUCACCGUGGGAAAUACUGAAGAGAUCAAUCGGACUAUUGCACGAAUGAAAGUAACAAAGGCAGAUUUGGACCAGAGGCACCCUCAGCUCGAUUCUGUUUUUACAUUGGCUCAGAAUUUGAAAAACAAAACUUCCAGUUCAGACAUUAGGACAGUGAUCACAGAAAAGUUGGAGAAGGUGAAGAACCAGUGGGACAAUACCCAGCAUGGUGUGGAGGUGCGGCAGCAGCAGCUGAAAUACAUGCUGACAGACAGCAUGCAGUGGGAUGAGCAAAGGCAAGAAAUGGAACACCUCAUGGAGCAGUGUGAGAUCCGCCUGCGUUUCCUCCUGCAGGCCCCGAAAGAGGUGCUUGCCAAACAGAUUUCAGACAACAAACUGUUAGUACAGGAUUUGCAUAGAGGUGACAUCACGGUAGCUGCAUUCAAUGAUCUUUCUAAUAAACUUCUUCGAGAGUAUCGUGAUGAUGACACAAGGAGGGUGAAGGAAACCACUGACCAAAUGAACACUUGUUGGGUUAAUCUGAACCAAAGAGCUGUUGAUAGGCAGAAUUUCUUGGAGACAGAGCUGAAGACAGUACAGGCCUCACACAAGGAUCUGGAGAGCUUCCUCAAGUGGCUUCAAGAGGCAGAGACAACGGUUAAUGUUCUAGCAGAUGCAUCCCAGCGUGAGAACACUGCUCAGGACAGUGCCUGCAUAAGGGAACUCAGAAGGCAGAUGCAGGACAUCCAAGCUGAGAUUGAUGCCCACAAUGACAUCUUCAAAAGCAUUGAUGGGAACAGGCAGAAGAUGGUGAAAGCCUUGGGAAACUCUGAGGAAGCUGCCCUGCUCCAGCACCGGCUUGAUGACAUGAACCAGCGCUGGAAUGACCUGAAAGCAAAGUCUGCUAACAUCCGGACUCACUUGGAGGCCAGUGCCGAGAAAUGGAACAGAUUGCUGACAUCCUUGGAAGAGUUAAUCAAAUGGCUGAAUGCAAAAGAUGAAGAACUAAAAAAACAAAUGCCCAUUGGAGGGGAUGUUCCAACCUUACAGCAACAGUAUGACCACUGCAAAGCACUGAGGCGUGAACUGAAGGAUAAAGAGCAAACCAUUCUCAAUGCUGUGGACCAGGCACGAGUUUUCCUUGCCGACCAACCAAUUGAGGGGCCCGAGGAACCUAGAAGGAGCUUGCAUUCAAAAACAGAGUUGACCCCUGAGGAGAAAGCCAUGAGGAUUGCCAAAGCUAUGCGGAAGCAGUCAUCAGAGGUAAAAGAGAAAUGGGAGAACCUAAAUGCCAGUGCCAGUAUCUGGCAGAAGCAAGUGGACAAAGCAUUAGAGAAACUGAAAGAUUUGCAGUGUGCCAUGGAUGACCUUGAUGCUGACUUGAAGGAGGCUGAAAACGUGAGGAAUGGAUGGAAGCCUGUGGGAGACUUGCUCAUAGAUUCAUUGCCGGAUCAAAUUGAGAAAACUACAGCUUUUAGAGAAGAAAUUGCUCCCAUCAACUUGAAGGUUAAAACAGUGAAUGAUUUGUCCAGUCAGCUGUCUCCACUUGAUCUUUAUCCAUCAUUAAAGAUGUCUCGUCAACUGGAUGAUCUUAACAUGCGGUGGAAACUUUUACAGGUGUCUGUAGAGGAUCGCCUUAAACAGUUACAGGAGGCACACCGAGAUUUUGGGCCUGCAUCACAGCACUUUCUUUCCACCUCAGUACAGUUUCCAUGGCAGAGAUCUGUUUCACAUAACAAAGUGCCCUAUUAUAUCAAUCAUGAGACACAGACCACCUGUUGGGAUCAUCCUAAAAUGACUGAUCUCUUCCAGUCCUUAGCUGACUUGAACAACGUACGCUUCUCUGCCUACCGUACAGCCAUCAAAAUCCGAAGACUGCAGAAAGCACUGUGUUUGGACCUGUUGGACCUGAACGUAACAAGUGAAGUUUUCAAACAGCACAAGAUGAGUCAAAAUGACCAGCUGAUUGGUGUCCAGGACGUGAUCAGCUGUCUCACUACCAUCUACAGUGGACUUGAAGAGAAACACAAAGAUAUGGUGAACGUUCCUCUCUGUGUAGACAUGUGUCUUAACUGGCUACUCAAUGUAUAUGAUAGCGGCCGAACUGGAAAAAUCCGAGUGCAGUCCCUGAAAAUUGGCUUGAUGUCUCUUUCAAAGGGCCUUUUGGAAGAGAAGUACAGAUAUCUCUUCAAGGAAGUGGCAGGCCCCACAGAAAUGUGCGACCAGAGGCAGCUGGGCCUGCUGCUUCAUGACGCUAUCCAGAUCCCGCGGCAGCUUGGGGAAGUGGCAGCCUUUGGUGGCAGCAACAUUGAACCCAGCGUGCGCAGCUGCUUCCAACAGAACCACAAUAAGCCAGAAAUAACUGUAAAGGAGUUUAUAGAUUGGAUGCGCUUAGAACCACAGUCUAUGGUAUGGCUACCAGUUCUACACCGUGUGGCAGCUGCAGAAACAGCAAAACAUCAGGCCAAGUGCAACAUCUGUAAAGAGUGUCCAAUUGUUGGCUUUAGGUACCGGAGCUUAAAACAUUUCAACUAUGAUGUCUGUCAGAGCUGUUUCUUUUCCGGCCGUACAGCAAAGGGGCAUAAAUUGCAUUACCCAAUGGUGGAGUAUUGUAUACCUACAACAUCUGGGGAAGAUGUACGGGACUUCACGAAGGUGCUCAAGAAUAAAUUCCGAUCAAAGAAGUAUUUUGCAAAGCAUCCCCGACUUGGCUACCUACCUGUGCAAACAGUAUUGGAGGGUGACAACCUGGAGACUCCUAUCACUCUCAUCAGUAUGUGGCCAGAGCAAUAUGAUCCUUCCCAGUCUCCACAGCUGUUUCAUGAUGACACACACUCCAGGAUAGAGCAGUAUGCUACUAGGCUCGCACAGAUGGAAAGGACCAAUGGCUCCUUCCUCACAGACAGUAGCUCCACCACAGGAAGUGUAGAGGAUGAGCAUGCCCUUAUCCAGCAGUAUUGUCAGACGCUGGGCGGAGAGUCGCCUGUGAGUCAGCCACAGAGUCCUGCUGAGAUACUGAAGUCUGUGGAAAAGGAAGAGCGAGGAGAGUUGGAGCGCAUCAUUGCUGACCUCGAGGAAGAGCAAAGGAGUCUGCAGAUAGAAUAUGAGCAACUAAAGGAGCAACAUCUUCGGAGAGGAAUAAACCCUCUUGCAUCACCUCCUGACUCCAUUGUGUCACCUCAGCAUGCUUCUGAAGAUGCCGAGCUCAUUGCUGAAGCUAAACUCCUGAGGCAACACAAAGGUCGCCUGGAAGCAAGGAUGCAAAUACUGGAGGAUCACAAUAAACAAUUGGAGUCGCAGCUUCACCGGCUACGGCAGCUACUUGAGCAGCCUGAGUCAGACGCCCGGGUUAAUGGCGCCUCCCCCUGUGCUUCACCCCAGCACUCUGCCCUCGGCUACCCACUUGAGCAAGAGACAAGCUCACAGUUUCAUCAGACAGAUGACUUGUUAGUUCCACCUCAUGAUACCAACACAGAUCUAACAGAUGUUAUGGAGCAAAUCAACAGCACAUUUCCAGCUUGCUGCUCAAGUUUCACUGGCAGACCACAGGCAAUGUGAAGCGUUCAUUUGGACAUUGACCAGUGCUUCCUGAUGUGCAGUACAGCCCUUUUCUACAAACCACCAGUCGCGAGUUCCACUUCAUCAGAAGGCUGCAUGGGACCCUGGAACAUGCUGUUUGCUCUGACUGCGUGUUCUACUUGAAAUAGUAAAACACUGAAUACCCAAAGACGAGGAUGUUGUUUUUAUAGUAUUGGGGUUUUUUUUUUUCUUCUUCUUCCCUUUCUAUGCAACUGUAAAUUAAUGAGCAGUGGAGUAUUUGUCACUGAUUUGUAUAAAUAUACAGCCGCGGGAAAAGGGGCGCAGGGGCUUUAUAUACGUUCUUUUUGAUAAUCGUAAAGAGAACUGCGUAAGGAGUUUGGAGCAAAAUGUUACAUUUAUACAUUCCUUUCAGCUCUUUUCUUUUACGUUGUAAAAUACCCUUAGUUAUAUUCUCACACAUUUAAUAUUCUGUACUGAUUAUUUAUAUGCUAACCAUCCAACCACAUGGAUUUUAGAGUACCCUUGAAUUGUUUUCAGGAUUGGCAUAUGAAGUUCCCAUAAUCUGCAUUAUUGUUACUGGUUAACAAGAAUUGCUGUUGGGUGAAAGCUACAGUAUUUUAACUCCAUUAAACAAGGUAAAUUCUCAUUUUGAGUCAUAAUCAUCAUCCUCGUGCACCAAGAUAGUAUUUUUAACAUUCUUUUCGUUAUUUCCAGCCAACACACUCCACUUGGAGGAUUAUUUUUUAAGUGUUACUUUAUUUUGAAUCAGGAGAUAGCUAAAAAGAGGACUUAGAUGAUAGCUUAAGUUGUUUUUAGUAAGGUCUGCGUUAGUGUAAUCGUUCCCAACUUUGUUGAGAGACAAAACUUCGCUGUUCCCUGCUGUGCCAAACUUGCUUCAAGUUUUGGAGUUUGCAGUCUGUGAAGUAAGGCUGGUUUCCGUGAGAUCCCCUUCUGAUGAUCUAAACACACACCAGUGUUUUGUCUGCCUCUUGGAAACGAAGAGACAAUUAGAAAGCCCUUUCCAAUACUAUUAGCAGUGGAACAUUUUCUUCAAAACUGCAAUGCACUUAAAUAUUACCUUUUGGCAUUGUAAUCUUGCAACUCAUCUUUAUCUUUGAAAUCAUUUAUUUAUGUACUUCAAGUAGGGUUAAUUAGGGAAGGUUAUGUCACUGAUCAGCUGAUCUCAAGUUUUAAAAUUAUCACAAGAGAUUUUAAUGCCUUCACAGAGUUUACAACGCUGCAUGGACACUUGCUUUAAAAUCGGGACAUACUUUUAAUUGGUAAAACUGCAUGCAAUAUACUUCAUGUAUAGUGGAGAGAAACUAAACUGUGAUAUUAAUUAUUACUGAAGAAAAAAAAAUAUCUCAAAAUGGUAUUGGAAGAGUUGUAAAUUCUCUACUGCAACCGAAAAAAUGCUAGGGGACAUUAAGACAGCAGGUCAGGAAUUUCUACUGUUUUUAUGAAGUCCUGCCAGCUAGAUUGUCCUGCACCCACAGUAUUCGCUCUUGGGUGCUGCUGCGCAAGGAGUGAUUUGGGCACAGCGCUGACCACAUUCUAGUGUUGGCUCCGGUGACAGUUCUUUCUGAACCCUUUGGCAAAUUAUUUAACCACUCUGCCUCUGGUUUCCCAUCUGUAAAAUGGGGAUGAUAGUACUUACCUCUCAGAGGUGUUGUAGGGCUUGCUUAGUUAGUGUCUGAAAAGCUCUAUAUAAAUGCUAAAUAUUACUCCUGCGUGAGUGGAGCAAAAUUGUCAAGGUGGGAAGAGAAGAUGCUGGCUCCUAUAAAUGCUUCAUCUGUUAAAAAAAAUAAUAGUGUAGUUAUUUUGAGAAGAAAAAAACCCAUAUUUUGCAGAAGAGGAAAGCCAUGACCACCUUUCUACCUCAGACCUAUCUUCAUGAGUAGUAUUGGAAAUAGCUUUAUAUUAUGUUCUCUGCAAAGUACUUCGCUUUUAUCAAGCUACAUCAUGCUCUAGGCAAAGAAUCCUUAAAAAUAUCCCCCUACAUAAGUAAAAGAGGUCUCAGUAGUGAAUUUGGUGGCUUUUUUUUUGUUCUGAUAUGAGGUUAUGUAUAAAGUUGUUUUUCUGCCUGUGUUUGUAUGCAUCCUUUGUCCUCUGCUGCCAAGUAAAUGCUACUUCAAACACUACAUUGUAACAUUCUUCCUCUGAGACAAUAAUAAAUAAAAGGAAUAUAUUGCAGUAA